CAAUCGACGAAGGUUUUGUUGAACUUUUUCGUGGAAAGGAAAUGGGAUUUGAAGAUAAUGUUUGGUUGUGGUGGAAUGCCUUCUUCUCACUCUGCAUUGUGCACCGCUUUGACGACUUCCGUGGCUCUUUGUCAUGGCGUUGCGGACUCGCUAUUUCCAGUCUGCUUGGGGUUUAGUCUUAUUGUCAUGUAUGAUGCAAUUGGUAUUCGUCGACAUACCGGCAUGCAAGCUGAGGUUCUUAAUCUGAUCGUUGAGGACUUGUUUGAAGGCCAUCCCAUAAGAAAAAGAAAGCUGAAAGAGCUGCUUGGGCACACGCCAUUGCAGGUCCUUGCUGGUGCUCUGCUAGGCAUUGUGGUUGCUUGGUUCUGUUGCCAGGGCUCCAUCAUCCCACCUUCAACUUCUUGAUCCCAUCGCAGCUCCUUUUCACUAUGGAAAUGGCUCAUUUUUUUGCCUUCUAAUUUACAAAUGGCAUCAUAACUUUAUAGCAUUCUUCUUUGUUCAUAGUAACCAUAAUCAAUUUCAUUUCUA